AGUGAAUCCAUACACAGGAUUAAGGUCGGAGCUCUGGAUCUUGUGGAUAGGUCUGCCUUCCUCGGAUUCUUCUCCGCGACCGCGGUGGUUCAGGGAAUCGUGCUCGGUCGCGGCAGCUGAAACAGUACGGAUUUCACUAUCGGCGCAUUGCUGAACGGUAUGCUUCCCAAUGCUUUUAGAGUCAGUGAAGGGUCGGACCUGGGUCAACUAUCAUAGAAUCAGCGCUCCAGACCCUUUGACAGAAACCCCGGACCCUGCUUGUUGGGCCGGCGCAGUUCUCAGAGCCCAAGCCGGGAGCGAGAGUGACUUUCGCUCCAUCUGGGGUGUGAUCAAAUCUCCGCACCGCCUUUGGGACUCUGUCGCUCCCCUCUUCCUCCUCCCUUUUCUUGGGCCUGAUCUACUAUGGAUUUGGUUAUUCAUUCUUGCUGCUUUGCUAAGAUGUUUGUUGAUAUUCGGUCUAACAUUCUGGCUUUCACCAGCUUAGGUCCACUGCUUUGACCCUUUCGCCAUCCUCUCCUCUGGCCUUCCUCCUUCCCCCUCCCCCUCCUCCCAUAAGUCUACCGACCG